AGGUCAUUUUGCUGCUGUUUUGGCAGUCGUCUACUGUAACCAGGCUUGUUAGCGCUUUCGGGAACAGAGUCACGACCGGACAGUCAUUUUUCCGUACUGCGUUUAACUUUGAAAAUAAAUGAGAGAAAUGUCAGCGGAGACGAUCGAGAUGGUCGAGCAGAGCGACGGGUUGCCAGGCUCAAUUCCGACUGUCUUAAAAAAACUGAUGGAAAAUCCACCCCCGAAAUUUCUGGACGCCAUCGAGGAAGGAAAGGACAAAGAGAAGCUGUCAGUGGACGAGGUCUCCAGCUCCUGCAGUGCUAGUGUUGGUGUGUCUGCCUCUCUGAUGCCAACAAUCUGGGACAAAACCAUUCCCUAUGAUGGGGAAAUGUUCCACCUGGAAUACAUGGACUUAGAUGAGUUUUUGCUAGAGAAUGGCAUUCCAGCCACACUUGAACAGGAACUCCGGCGCUCCCUGGGAAAGGAUGUGGAAGAACAAGGUGAAGACUCGCAUCAACAAGAGGUUUCCACAGCCAUGAGUAGUCCAUUGCUGCCCACUUCCAAACUAGAGAGAGAGGAGACGUCAACUGUGACCUGUGCCGUGCAGCCUACUCCUGAUCCAGUCUUCACCUCGGAGCCCACCACAGAAGUAGAAUCGGAGCCAGAGAGAGGCACACCCAGCCCGGUUGACCCAGAACACAUUGAAGUGCAGGUUAAUUUUGAGCCUGACCCCACUGACCUGGUGCUGUCCAGUGUUCCUGGAGGAGAGCUGUUUAAUCCUCGGAAGCAUAAGUUCAGUGACGAGGAGCUAAAGCCACAACCCAUGAUCAAGAAAGCCAAGAAGGUGUUUGUUCCUGAGGAAAGCAAGGAUGAGAAAUAUUGGUCCAGGAGGAGGAAGAACAAUGUGGCAGCAAAGCGCUCUAGAGAUGCCCGUCGCCUCAAAGAGAAUCAGAUUACUGUACGAGCGGCGUUUUUGGAGAAGGAAAAUGCAGCCCUGCGAGCGGAGGUGGCAGAGUUGCGCAGAGACUUUGGCCGUUACAAGAAUAUUGUUGCCAGAUACCAAGCCAAAUUUGGACCACUAGAACUGGAUAUUGAACGGAAGAACUUGUAAGAACUGAGGAUUUUUUUCUAAAUUUAUUUAUUUCCAAAUAAAUAAAUUUAAAAAGAUGGGGGAAAAAAAAAAAUCUUAAAUGACCCGAGCAUCUCUGGAGGCGAAAGAACGGGAACGUUGACAAAGUGACAUCUGACCAACAACAAGCAGCAAGGGUUGCAGUAUCCUUUACUAGCACUGUAAAAAGUUCUUAACUUUUUUUAUUUAAUGAAGUUUAGCUGUGUGCUUAUUUUUGUGUAUGUAAAUAAAGUGAAUAUUUUACAUUUAUGGAAAGGUUUUUCAAAGAUUUUUUUUCUGUAGUGUGUAAGCUAUAGAUCAAGCCUCCUAUUGCCUUCUCAUUGCUAACAGUCGGUGGUAGAGGGUUCUGCUAUGGAGAAUUCAUGAACAAUGGGAAACAUUAUGCUACAUUUAUUUCUAAUUAUGCAUCAGUACCAUCUUCUUGUGAGGUUAAACUGCACUUACUGAAGAAACGGACAUGACCAUACUCAACAGCAGAGGUUGUAAAUUGAGAUUCUGUAACGUAUGGAGCUCUACACUUCUCCCACCCUUCACAAUUCUGAUAAUGCGAUCCACUCGGUACCUUUAAUAUAAAUCAUACUGACCUCUGUGCUCACAGAUGCAAAUUGGCACAUCACAAAUUCAAUUAUUCAAAUAAAAAAUUUGUGUAGAUGAAAAACACCCCGUUUAAACUUGAAUGUUUUAAAUAUAUAAAAGUUUAAAAUAUAACAACAAAAACUCUGGCUUAAGAAGGAAAUACAUUUUUGAUAAAACAGUACAGCAUAUCGAGUCAUGGGAAAUUAAGAGGGAGCUACAUAACACCCUCACUAGUCACUACCGGACUGGGUAGGAUUAGGGUGUUGUGGUGUGCUACACGAAUAUUAAAUCACGGUGGCCAGUUGUCUAACAUACUAAUACAUUUUUACAUUAAAGAAAGCCCAGUCCCCCUCUUAAGCCAAGGAAGAAGGGUCCCUUGUCAUUGUCAGUUAGGAAAUGAGAUAACAGGCUUGGACCAACAUUAGUUAUUACAUCACAGCAGACUCUUCAUUUUGAAUCGUUGUGAUCUGGAUUUUUUGCUUUUACUCUGCAUGUGUAAUAAAGGCUCAUUGCGGACUUGCGUGUUGUAAUGCCCAGGGGUUUUUUACAAUGUGUUUGUAACAAUGGAGUUUAAAGCAGUCAAUCGACAUCUCUUUUCUAUCGUCUCUUUCAUAGCGUGCUACAUUCCCGCUUAUUUCACAAAGAUACAAAACAUUUGCCCUCCAGGGACUCUGCAGUGCUACAUUCAUGCAGCCUUGAAAAUUAGUUUUUGCCUUCCCAAUUCAUGUUAUCUGCUGUUAGUCAUUAAAAAUAACAUCCUGCAUCUAACCCUCACAUAAAAACUGAUGGCUCACCGAUGUACAGUUUUUACAAAAAAAAA